AUGUCCAAGAGGCCAGGGCGGCCUGGUGGCCCAGGAAAAUCAGAGGGGCACAAGGACCGGGGUGUCCUGGGGAGAGCUGGGGAUAGCCUGUUCUUAGCAAUUCAGAGUGUCUUUUCACUUAGGGCAUUCAUUGUUUGGCUGGCAAAUGGCGAAACUAUUCGUGUCUAUAAGAUGACCAAGAAGGAGGAUGGCAACUUCACGUUCACUGCAACAUCCGAGGACUUCCCAAAGAAGCACAAAGCUCCUGUCAUUAACAUAGGAAUUGCAGAGACAGGCAAGUUCAUCAUGACAGCGUCAAGUGACACUACCAUCCUGAUCUGGAACCUGAAGGGUGACGUUCUGGCCAGCAUUAACACCAAUCAGAUGAACAACGCCCACGCAGCCGUGUCACCCUGCGGGAGGUUUGUGGCAUCCUGUGGCUUCACCCCUGAUGUGAAGGUGUGGGAGGUGUGUUUUAGCAAGGGCGGAGACUUUCGGGAGGUGACCCGGGCUUUUGAGCUGAAAGGCCAUGCAGCUGGCGUGCAUUCCUUCUCCUUCUCUAAUGACUCCAGGCGGAUGGCAACUGUUUCAAAGGAUGGGACGUGGAAGUUCUGGGACACGGAUGUGGAAUAUAAGAAGCAGCAAGAUCCAUACCUGCUUCUGACCGGAAAGUGUGAGGUGACGGAGCCAUGUCGCAUUGCCCUGUCCCCUGAUGCUCGAGUCGUGGCCAUCUCCAGUGGCACCAACAUUGUUGUGUACAACACCCGGAGAGGAGAAGAGGAGGAGCGCUUUGUCGGUGUCCAUGGACAGUGCAUCACGGACUUAGCCUUUGACAUCAACAGCCGCUACCUGGUGUCGAGCGGGGAUCGGGCCAUCCGGGUGUUCCACAACAGUGCCGGUUAUCGGGCAGUGGUGGAGGAGAUGGAGGGCAUGCUGAGAAAAACUGCUAACAAAGCCACUCGCGAGAGGUUAGAGCAGCAGAUCUCCAACGCCCAGAAAGCGCUGGCCGCGAUCUACGGCAGGAAGCACUAGCCCUCUUUCUCCGCAGUGGCACACU